AAUAUUCUCUAUCCCAUUUUCAUCCUCACAUUUCAAGAGUCUUUCAAGCUACAUGUGCAGUGGACAACAGCUCAGUAGCGAUAGAUUUUCGAAAUGGGGCUUUUAGAGAAUAUUCAGGGACCCGUGUCCCAAUACAUGUCGCAGCUUUCCACUCCGGCGCAAGUCGUUGUUUUCGCUGUCGGCGCUUUAUUCUUGACCGUAUUUUUCAAUGUCUUGCAACAAAUCCUCUUCAAGAACCCCAAUGAGCCUCCCGUCGUUUUCCACUGGUUUCCUGUCGUAGGAAGCACCAUCACCUACGGAAUGGACCCUCCCCGAUUCUUCAAGGAAAACCGCAAAAAGUAUGGAGAUAUCUUCACUUUUAUCCUUCUUGGGAAGAAGACCACCGUAUAUCUUGGUACCGCCGGCAACGACUUCAUCCUUAACGGCAAGAUUAAGGAUGUCUGCGCCGAGGACAUCUACACCGUCUUGACUACCCCUGUCUUCGGGAAGGACGUCGUCUACGACUGCCCUAACUCCAAGCUCAUGGAACAAAAGAAGUUUAUGAAAAUCGCCCUCACUACAGCCGCCUUCCAAAACUACGUGCCCAUCAUCGCCGACGAGGUCACCAGCUACCUCAAGAGAUGCCCCGAUUUCAAGGGCAAGUCCGGAAUUGUAAACAUUCCCAAGAACAUGGCCGAGAUUACCAUCUUCACUGCCUCGCAUUCUCUCCAAGGAAAGCAGGUCCGAAGCAAGUUCGACGAGUCGCUGGCUGCUUUGUACCACGAUUUGGAUAUGGGCUUCACUCCGAUUAACUUCAUGCUUCACUGGGCCCCGUUACCCUGGAACAAGAGACGCGACCACGCCCAGCGGACUAUAGCGAAGAUUUACAUGGAUAUCAUCAAGGAGCGCCGUGCUGCUGGCAAGACUGAUGCGCAGGAUAUGAUGUGGCAUUUGAUGAACUCUACUUACAAGAAUGGCACUCCUGUCCCAGACCACGAGAUCGCGCACAUGUUGAUUGCAUUGCUCAUGGCUGGCCAACACUCUUCCUCUUCAACAAGUUCUUGGAUGAUGCUGCGUCUCGCUGCGCGCCCGGAUAUCAUGGAGGCCUUGUACCGCGAGCAAGUUGAGGCUCUUGGUGCCGACUUACCACCACUGAAGUACGAGGAUCUCGCCAAGCUUCCGCUGAACCAGGCAAUCAUCAAAGAGACGCUUAGACUUCACGCUCCUAUCCACUCUAUUAUGCGAGCUGUCAAGUCUCCUCUGCAAGUCCCUGGAACCAAAUAUGUCAUCCCUACUAGCCACACUCUAUUGUCUGCCUCCGGUGUAUCUUCGACAGAUCCCCAGUAUUUCCCCGAGCCGGAUAAAUGGGAGCCUACGCGAUGGGACAAGAACUCGCCUAUUGCCCCGACUGUGGUACGAAACAACGUAGAAGAAGAGGAAAAGAUCGAUUACGGAUAUGGCUUGGUCAGCAAGGGCGGAAACUCACCAUACCUUCCGUUCGGUGCUGGAAGGCAUCGGUGUAUCGGCGAACAGUUCGCCAACGUCCAGUUGCAGACCAUUAAUGCUAUGAUCGUUCGCGCGUUCAAGUUCAGGAAUGUCGACGGAGGCAGCGACGUUAUUGGCACAGAUUACGCCUCUAUGUUCUCGAGACCGCUUGAGCCAGCUAACAUCCGCUGGGAAAAGCGAGACUGGGAGUGAUUUUGGAUCAGGAAGCGAGGCGUACUUGACUGAAUACCAUGACUAGAGAUCUGUACAUAUAUACAUGCGACCUAUUAGAUGAUGAACACGGCCCAAGGCAAGAGAACCUGGCCGGAUAUGUCACGAGAGAAGACAGCAUAUAGCUAGACUAACUAAUAUUAAUAAGAUAAACAUAAAGAAGUAAC